AUGGACAGACAUGCUCCCCAGCAGUCGGUGUACCCGCGCAGCCACGUCGGUUUCGACAGCAUCACUUCUCAGAUUGAGCGCAAGCUGUUGAAGCGUGGUUUCCAGUUCAAUGUCAUCUGCGUUGGUCAAACUGGUCUGGGGAAAUCCACCCUAAUUAACACUAUCUUUGCGUCGCACCUAAUCGACUCGAAAGGAAGACUCACCCCCGAUGAGCCUGUACGAUCUACAACCGAAAUCCAAACCGUCUCACACAUCAUCGAGGAAAAUGGUGUUCGUCUGCGGUUGAACAUUGUUGAUACCCCAGGUUAUGGCGAUCAGGUCAAUAACGACAGAUGCUGGGAUCCAAUCGUCAAGUACAUCAAGGACCAGCACUCUGCAUACCUCCGAAAGGAGCUCACAGCCCAGCGUGAGCGAUAUAUCCAAGAUACCCGUAUCCACUGCUGCCUGUUCUUCAUCCAGCCAUCCGGACAUGCUUUGAAGCCAAUCGACAUUGUGGUCUUGAAGAAGCUCUCGGAUGUUGUCAAUGUCGUCCCAGUCAUUGCCAAGUCUGAUUCCUUAACACUGGAGGAGCGAGCCGCUUUCAAGGAGCGCAUAAAGGAGGAAUUUGCGUUCCACAGCUUGAAGAUGUUCCCUUAUGACAAUGAUGAGUUCGAUGAAGAGGAGCGUGCUCUGAAUGCUCAGAUCAAGAACAUCAUUCCCUUCGCCGUUGUUGGAUCUGAGAAGUCGAUCAUCGUUGGCGGCAAGCAAGUCCGUGGACGCCAAAACCGAUGGGGAGUCAUCAACGUCGAGGACGAGAACCACUGCGAAUUCGUCUACCUCCGAAACUUCCUCACCCGCACCCAUCUCCAAGACUUGAUCGAGACAACAUCUCAAAUCCACUACGAGACGUUCCGUGCCAAGCAACUUUUGGCACUUAAGGAGAGCAGCGCAGCUGGAGGACAUGCUGGCAGCCGACCGAUCAGCCCAGCAGCUGAGCGAGAAUUGAGCAGAAACUCUCAGAGAAUGACCAUGAACGGCUACUAG